AUGCUCGCGGCGGCCACCAGGACGCCUACCGCGCUCGCAGCGCAGUGCAUCAGAAAGCCGGCCCCCGUGGCUCGCUGGUUGGGCUUCUCCGGCAGUGCGGCGGUCCCGUGCGGUCCGGAGCUGAGCACCGCGCUGCGUCUGCAGACGGCGUCGCCUGCCGCGACCUUCAGGGCCGCGAUGCUCGUGCGAUCUGCGGCGUCGUCCGAGGUCGCCGCGGAGCCGGUGGAGCAGUUCUUGGACAUCAGGGUGGGGAAGAUCAUCGAGGUCGCGGAGCACCCCGAUGCUGACUCCCUCUACGUCGAGAAGAUCGACCUUGGGGAGGAGGACGGGCCGCGGACCAUCGUCUCUGGGCUGAAGGAGUUUGUGGCGCAGGAGGACCUCAAGGACCGCAUGGUCAUCGUGCUCGCGAACCUCAAGGCGCGCAACAUGCGCGGGAUCAAGUCGCACGGCAUGGUCCUCUGCGCAUCAAACGACGCCCACGACCAGGUCGAGCCUCUGCUGCCGCCGGCCGAGGCGGCGAUUGGCGAGCGGUGCUGGUUUGGCGAGGCCGCCGAGCAGGAGGAGCCGGCGAAAGAAAACCGCGUACAGAAGAAGAAGUACUGGGAGACCGUCCAGCCCGACCUGAAGACGUCCGGCGAGUGCGUCGCUACUUACAAGGGGGAGACGAUGAUGACGUCGGCGGGUGCAGUGAAGGCUCCGUCGCUGAGCUCAGCGUCCAUUUCGUGA